CGGCGAAAAGCGAGGAGCUUGACCGAGAAGCAUCAACUCCAUCCAGAAGAAGUGGAGUUACGUGCUAAAAAAAAAAUCAUGUCCAGCGACGACAAUAGUAGUGAUAGCAAUUCGUCCAGCGAUGAAAGGCAAAGGAAACGGAAGCUUAAGAAGCACAGCAAAGAUGUGGACAAGUCCAAAAAGAAGAAGUCGAAAAAGCACAAGAAAGAAAAGCGUCGCCACAAGGAGAAGAAACGCAGCAAGCAUGAGGAGGAGCCACCUGUGCCUUACACGCAACCUCCACAUUUAAUUAAUGCAUCUCCGCCAGAUGUGGCUACAAACAACGAAGAUUCCUUUGGUCCCGCUUUACCGCCGCAUUUAAGGAAGACCCAGCAGCCGGAACUCCCUGAGCAAAGCCAACCAGCCCCACAACCGCAGGCCAUGAUAGGACCCGUCCUGCCCAGCAAUUUGACCCGGGAAAAGUCUCCUACUAAGGAAGCGGAAGCUGAGGACGAUGAUGACCUAGCUGGCACCUUUGGUCCUCUGCCAAAUGCCAGUCAAGUGGCUCUGGAGGAACGUGCUUUGGCACUUAAACUGGCAGCUCUGGAGGGCGGGGGAUUGGGUACAUCUACAGACCAAGAUGUCCGCGAAGAGUGGAUGCUUGAGCUGCCAGAUGUGGGACUGAAGAGCGGCCUUGCCGCCCUGAGCAAUAUGAAGCGCACUUUCUAUCAGGGAAAAGAGCGACCCGACUUUAGCGAUCGAUCAUCCUGGACGAAGACCCCGCAGAGUGAAGCGGAUGCUGCUGCAUCGGGCCCAAAGUCGCUCAGUUCGAAGGAACUCGAGCAAAUGGCACAGGUCAAGUACGAACAGCAGCGGGAUGACGAGCAGGAGAGCAUGGCCAAGAGGCACAAAAAGAAGCACAAGCGAGAGGAGUCCCUAGUGGAGCUACAUCAAAAAAAGCUUAGGAAAGAGCAGAGAGAAAAGGAAAAAGAACUGGCUGCAUCGGGUUCCAAGCCAGAACGAAGACCUUUUAGUAGGGAUGUGGACUUGAAACUUAACAAGAUCGACAAGAAUCAGACCAAGCAGAUUGUAGACAAGGCCAAGAUAUUGAACACCAAGUUCUCCAGGGGUCAAGCUAAGUAUCUGUAGGUUAAAUGAACCAUAAAAAAUCCAGACGAUCCGUACCGCAUGUUAAUCUUAAGCAAUUAUGUAAUUUAAUUUAGAAAUAAUUAUUAUAAAGGCAAAAUAAUUUGUAAAUGACAUUUUUGAUUGCUUAGUCACCUAGCUUAAACUUUCGUUUAAUUGGCAUAAAUACAUUGGUAAUAUGAGUACAAAC